AGAGUGAAAUGCCCCCCCUCCUGAAUAUGGAUGAGCCCUCGAUGGUUACUCACUAAACUCCAGUCGUCUGUGUAUUCCGCCAUGUGGUAGCAUGUUGUUAUUAUCCGCCAUCGUCGCUGCCAGAAUGGUGAAGCAGUAACAAUAAACACACUGUAAAAAUGGCUGACAAAAAGGCAAACACUGUCACUCCAAUUAAAACACUAACAAGGAAGGCAAAAGAAGUGCGAAAGAAAGAGGAGCAAGAAAAGGCAGCUGUUGUUUUUGAAGAAUUUUUAGCGUCAUUUGAGCCCAGCCAGAAGAGUGGAGUGAAAACCUUUGUCCGCGGAGGCAUCGUGAAUGCAACAAAAGAUGAGGAAGCAGCAGAGGUUACCAAAAGUAGGCUUUAUCGACCUCCCUCAAAGUUUGUUCCUCUAUCUGAAGAUGUUCCACAAGCAUCAUCUACAGAGAGCAAAAAGUCUGCUUUUAAAAGAAAGCCAGAAGGAAAGAAGAAGAGUAACCUAGAGCUCUUCAAAGAGGAACUUAAGCUAAUUCAAGAAGAGCGUGAGGAAAGACACAAAAGAAAGCAAAAUGAACCAGCUGGUGGAGGAGGAUACGGACUUCUGGAAUCACCAUUGUUAGGACGACCAACAUUUUAUGAUGACCCAACAGUGCCGACCACCACUAACUUAUACAUCAGCUGCAUAAGUCCAAAGAUGAAUGAGGAGAUACUUUGCAAAGAGUUCGGUAAGUAUGGUCCUCUGGCCAGCGUGAAGAUAAUGUGGCCCCGCACAGACGAGGAGCGCUGCAGGACUUCCAACAGAGCCUUUGUGGCUUUCAUGACACGGAAAGAUGCUGAGCGAGCUUUGGCAGCCCUUGAUGGUAAAGUGAUUAUGGGGUUUGAAAUGAAGCUGGGAUGGGGCAAACCAGCUCGAAUUCCACCUCAGCCGCUGUACACUCCAGCAGGGGUGAGGGCUGCGCCGCCACCCCAGUCUGGUCUUCCUUUCAAUGCUCAGCCAAGGGAUCGCUUUCGAAAUGACUUUACCAAACCCCUGGCCUUGUCCCAAGUAGAUCUCCACAAGACUCUGUCCGAAGCCGUAGUCAAAGUGGUUAUCCCGACCGAAAGAAAUUUAUUAUUCCUCAUCCAUCGAAUGAUAGAGUUUGUGGUGCGUGAAGGUCCUUUGUUUGAAGCCAUGAUAAUGAACAAAGAAAAAAACAACUCAGAGUACAGCUUCCUUUUUGACAACAAGAGUCAAAACCACGUUUACUAUCGCUGGAAACUAUUCUCCAUCCUCCAGGGAGAGUCCCUGACCAAAUGGAGGACCACAGAUUUCCGUAUGUUCCGCGGAGGCUCCCUUUGGAGGCCCCCUGUCCUCAACAGCUACAUAGACUGGGAUGAGGAAGAGGAAGUAGGGGAGGAGGUCGCUUCUCCCGAGGAGGAGGUGAAGAAGGGACAGCUCAGAACCGAGCACAAGCAGAGGCUGGAGGAGCUGCUUCAAGAGCUCACUCCCAGCAGAGGAGACAUCGCCGAUGCCAUGCUCUUCUGUCUUGAACGAGCAGACGCAGCGGAGGAAGUCGUGGGACACGUCACUGAGUCAUUCGCCUCGCCUCGGACCUCCCUUCAGAAGAAGAUCGCCAGCUUGUACCUCGUAUCAGACAUUUUGUACAACUCCAGUGCCAAAGUAGCUGGGGCAUCAUAUUAUCGGAAACAUUUCGAACCAAAGCUAUCACAGAUAUUUGGAGUGCUUCAUGAAGCGUACAAAAACAUACAAGCGAGACUGCAAGCUGAACAGUUUAAGCAAAAGGUCACAAGUUGUUUUCGAGCUUGGGAGGACUGGGCCAUAUAUCCGCAGCCUUAUCUUAUCCACCUUCAAAACAUCUUCCUGGGCUUUGCCAAAGCUGGAGAGGAGUUGACAGAAGUGGUAGAAGAACCUGCCUUUAAACUUGAUGGCGCACCAAUGGCCGGUGCUCUUAUAGACGGGGUGCCUUUGUGCAAAGGGCCAGCGGAUGACCUUGACGGCUGCCCCAUGGGCUGGGACCCUCUGGACGGCAUUCCUGUUGACGACAUAGACGGCGUUCCCUUGGGAAGUGCCAUCGAUGACAUUGACGGAAUGCCACUGGAUGACACCAAGGUGGCUCUCUCCAGAGGACCUUUGUCCAAGUGGGAGAAGACAGCUGAUGAGGGGACUUUCUCGCAAGCCUUGCCGGCGUCCAAGUGGAGCACUGCGUCAAGCAGGGACAAUGACAAUAAAGUGAAUGUAAGUGUCAACUCACUGGAUGGAGGCAACACAGAGAGUGACAGCAGUGAUGACUCUAGCAGUUCCCCCAAACAUGACAACUCACAUUUCCAGAGCUCACUCAGAAGUUUUCAAAUGUCUGAAACCCAAAGAAAAAAGCUGAGGGAGCUGGAAUUGAAGGUUAUGAAGUUCCAAGAUGAGCUGGAAAGUGGCAAGAGGCAGAGGAAGUCUGACAUGAGCAUCCAACAGCAGGUGGAGCAUUACAGGAACAAACUGCUGCAGAAGGAAUUUGAAAAUGAUGACGAUAAGCCUGAGCGAUCGACAUCCAAAUCAAAAGAAAGGCCAACGGAGGACAGAAAGGACAAAAAGAAGAGCAAAAAAAGCGAAGAUGGAGACAGACAACGGAGUCGUGAUUCUGACAAGCGCAACCGAAAAUCAAAUAGCAUCUCCCCUUUAAAGUGUCCCAGACAGUCCAAACGGUCCCGAUCUCCAUCUCCAGAGCGGAGGUCCCGGUCACAGUCCCCACAUCGCUCCCACAAGAAGACAAAGAAGAGUAAACAUUGACUCUCACCUCCAGGCCUGCAAUGGCUAGCCAGGGUCCACCACUCAAGGCGCUCCAUUGUCUUGGUCCCAAACAAAUACCCCCGCAAGAUUCUGCUCUCUUUUGUAACAUAUUUGGACACUAAUUAUAUUUUUCUUUCAUGUUUGUUUACAAAAUAAUUUGAAAUGUACAAUGCGCAAACAUUAAAUCACUCUGUGAUUAUAUGCA